AUGCGUUUGAGCGGACUUCUCCGCCGCACUCUCCGAUUAGGGGUAACAGACGUCUGGUCAACCCUCUACAACACCAUCCAGCACUCCUUCCCAUCCUCCAUCCCAGCCAAACCUCUAUUCAGUAAACAAAAGAGACACAAACACAUCAAAAUCGACGAUGAAGAAAGCCAGAUCGACGACCAACCUCUCCUUUCACCCCUCACCAAGCGUCGCUUGCAGCGACACCCCCUCUACCGCGCCAUGCGUCUUCUUUUCUUGAUCGCCAUCCCCAUCAUCCUCACCCUCUUCAUAUUCGCCUAUAUCAUCUACCGGCCUCCAAACCUCCUCAUCAAAUUCCUCCAAUGGCACAACCCAAGCGUAAUCUUCCACGUGCCCUUACCACCAUCCCAGCGGGUAAUCGCACUCACCCUCGACGACGCGCCCUCCUCUCAAACAGGCGCCAUCCUCGACCUCCUCAAAACCCACAACGCCAAAGCAACAUUCUUCAUCAUCGGGUCUCAAGUCUCUCGCUACCCCGGUAUCGUGGAACGUAUCCACGCCGAAGGUCACGAGCUCGGGAACCACGCCAUGACGGAUGAUCCGUCGUUCCAGCUCCCUUUGUCGGAACUAGAACGCCAGAUUACUGAGGUGCAAGAACUGUUGCCGAAGAAUGCGAAUGGGGAGAAAUAUUUUCGGCCGGGGAGCGGCUGGUUUAAUCGCGGGAUGAGGGAGAGGGUUGAGGGGAUGGGGUAUAGACUUGCGUUGGGGAGUGUGUAUCCACAUGAUCCGCAGAUUGCGAGGCCGAGGUUGAAUGCGUGGCAUGUUUUGAGUAUGGUGAGGCCGGGGAGUGUGGUUAUUAUGCAUGAUAGGAGGGAGUAUUCGGUUGAGCAGGUGGGGUUGGUUUUGAAGGGGCUGGAUGAGAAGGGGUAUAGGGCUGAGUCAUUGGGUGGGUUGUUGUCUGUUGCGAAGGCUCAGAGUAGUAAAAAGGUUGGGUGA